CGAGCGGUGUUCUCGCCGCGACACACACGGUAGCCGUAUCAGUACCACUACCAGUACCAGGUGAGCCGCACCGCCAUGGUCCGCACGUUUGUCGCGCUGCUGGUGCUCGGGGCGCUGGUGGCGGCGCAGGACAAGUACACCACCAAGUUCGACAGCGUCAACCUGGACGACAUCCUCAACAACGACCGCCUGCUCAACAAGUACGCGCAGUGCCUGCUCGACGCGGACGACCGCAACUGCACGCCUGACGCCAAGGAGCUGAAGAAGGCCAUCCCAGACGCGCUGACUAACGAGUGCGCCAAGUGCAGCGAGAAGCAGAAGGCGGGCACAGAGAAGGUGACCAAGUUCCUCCUGGAGAAGAAGCCCGACCUCUGGAAGCAGCUGGAGGCCAAGUACGACCCCAACGGGGAGUACCGCAAGCGCUACGACGACAGGAUCAAGAAGCUCAAGUCGUGAACCCGCAGGAGGCUCCACUGCUCUCAUUCUUAACUAGAAACACAAUCAAUUAUACAUGUAACGUAUUUUUUGUAAUACACUUAAUAAAUGUGGUCGUAGACUA